AUGAAAGGUUUGAACGCGUGGACGGCGUCUGAAAGUGAUUUCGAUCAACAACUUGUGAUAGACCUCGGAAGUGUGAAGAAUAUAACCAGAGUAGCGACUCAGGGAAGGGCACAUUCUCAAGAGUUUGUGCAGGAGUAUCACAUCAGCUAUGGUACCAAUGGACUUGACUAUGUCCGAUACAAAGCCCCUGGUGGUGAAGUUAAGGAGAGUUCCUACUACCAACAUUUGACGAUAAAUCUUGGGAAACGUAAGGAACUUCGAGCUAUAGCUACUAGAGGAAGAUUCGCCACAGACGAGUAUGUGACGGAGUACAUGAUACAGUAUUCCGAUGAUGGUGAAAGUUGGAGGGCGGUGGCCGAUACUGAUGGAUAUACGCAGAUGUUCGAAGGCAAUCAUGAUGGUAACACGGUGGUUAAAAACGAAUUCGAAGUGCCCAUCAUUGCGCAGUACAUACGGAUCAACCCCAUGAGGUGGCGAGACAAGAUAUCUAUGAGGGUCGAAGUUUAUGGAUGUGAUUAUGUUGCGGACACGCUUUACUUUAACGGCACAUCGCUAGUGAAAGUGGAUCUCCUAAGGGACCCAGUGUCAGCCUUACGUGAGACCGUCCGGUUCAGGUUCAAGACGAGCGCGGCGUCCGGCGCUCUGAUGUACUCGCGCGGUACCCAGGGAGACUACAUCGCCCUGCAGCUGCGGGACAAUCGACUGGUGCUCAAUGUCGACCUCGGCUCCGGAACAUCGACAUCGCUAUCAGUGGGCAGCUUGUUAGACGACAAUAUAUGGCACGACGUAGUGAUCUCGAGGAACAGAAGGGAUAUCGUGUUCUCGGUAGAUCGGGUCGUGGUUCUAGGACGGAUUAAGGGAGAAUUCUCUAGACUAAAUCUGAAUAGAGCUUUAUACAUUGGCGGUGUCCCCAACGCGCAGGAAGGUUUGGUCGUGACUCAAAAUUUUACAGGAUGUGUUGAGAAUAUGUACUUGAAUAAUACUAAUGUGAUCCAGGACUUGAAGCAGGGCUAUGAAACUGGGGAGGCCUUUAAAUUCCAAAAAGUCAACACUUUAUACUCAUGUCCGGAACCACCGCUUGUGCCAAUAACAUUUUUGAAAGAAGGUUCUUAUGCAAAAUUAAGGGGUUAUUCUGGUGGCAACACACUCAACAUAUCUUUAGAGUUCCGCACAUAUGAGCACCAUGGCCUGUUGAUAUUCCAUAAGUUCAAAACCGAUGGAUAUGUCAAGGUUUUCCUAGAGGAAGGCAGAGUGAAAGUAGAACUGUUCACCGACAGCGGGUCCCCCAAGGUGAAGCUGGACAACUACGAGCAGGAGUACAACGACGGGCGCUGGCACGAGCUCGCGCUGACCAUGGCGGCGGACGCGCUGGCGCUGGCGCUGGACCGCCGCGCCGUGCGCACCACCAAGCGCCUGCGCUUCCUCACCGGCGAGGUCUACUACAUUGCAGGCGGCAAGGCGCCCCCGCGCGGGUUCAUCGGGUGCAUGCGCAAGAUCGCGGUGGACGGCAACUACCGGCUGCCCACCGACUGGAAGAAGGAGGAGUACUGCUGUCCCAACGAGGUCGUCUUCGACGCCUGCCACAUGAUCGAUAGAUGCAACCCCAACCCGUGCGAACACGGCGGCGUGUGCGAGCAGAGCGCGGAGGAGUUCAACUGCGAUUGCACCGGCACGGGCUACGCGGGCGCCGUCUGCCAUACAUCGGUGCACCCGGUGUCGUGCACGGCGCACCAGCAGGCGGGCGCGGGCGGGCGCGCCGCCGCCGUGCUGCUCGACGUGGACGGCUCGGGCCCGCUGCCGCCCUUCCCCGCCACCUGCCACUUCUACUCGGACGGGCGUAUAAUCACGGCGGUGCAGCACUCGGCGAUGGCGAGCACGACGGUGGACGGCUACCAGGAGGCGGGCAGCUUCCGCCAGGACGUGACGUACGACGCGUCGCGCGCGCAGCUCGAGGCGCUGCUCAACCGCAGCCGCGCCUGCUCGCAGCGCCUCGAGUACAUGUGUCGACACUCGCGACUCAUGAACUCGAGGAGCGAGGAGUCGGACUUCCACCCGUUCGCGUGGUGGGUGUCGCGCAGCGGGCAGCGCAUGGACUACUGGGCGGGCGCGCCGCCCGGCAGCCGCAUGUGCGCGUGCGGCGUGGCGGGCAGCUGCCUCGACCCCACCAAGUGGUGCAACUGCGACGCCGAGCACGGCCCGCUCUCCACCGACGAAUUCCAAGUGGAUGGUGGUGAAAUAACGGAGAAGGAAUACUUGCCGGUAAAGCAACUACGAUUUGGCGACACCGGCAGUCAUCUCGACGAGAAGGAAGGCCGCUAUACACUUGGGCCUCUGAUGUGUGAAGGAGAUGAUCUGUUCAACAACGCGGUGACGUUCCGCGUGGCGGACGCGGUGAUCUCGCUGCCCACCUUCGACCUCGGCCACAGCGGCGACAUAUACUUCGAGUUCAAGACCACCAAGGAGAACGCUGUGCUGUUGCACUCAAGGGGUCCACAAGAUUACAUAAAGCUAUCGAUAAUCGGGGGCAAACAACUUCAGUUCCAAUUCCAAGUGGGGGACACUCCGUUGGGUGUGUCAGUGGAAACUAGCAACCGUCUCGCUGAUAAUAACUGGCACUCUGUUUCUAUUGAAAGAAAUCGAAAAGAGGCGCGCGUGGUGGUGGACGGCGCGCUGAAGAACCAGAUCCGCACGGCGAAGGAGCCGGUGCGCGCGCUGCAGCUCAGCACGGCGCUGGUGCUGGGCGCCGCGCUCGACCGCAAGGACGGCUUCGUGGGCUGCAUCCGCGCCCUGCUGCUGGACGGCGCCGCCGUCGACCUGCGCCAGUAUGCCAGGCGUGGUAUGUACGGCGUGUCGGAGGGCUGCGUGGGCAAGUGCGAGUCGGCGCCGUGCCUCAACAACGGCACGUGCCUGGAGGGCUACGACUCCUACUCCUGCGACUGUCGCUGGACCGCCUUCAAGGGGCCCAUCUGUGCUGAUGAAAUCGGCGUGAACCUCCGCCCCAACUCGAUGGUGAAGUACGACUUCCUGGGCUCGUGGCGCUCCACCAUCAACGAGAAGAUCCGCGUGGGUUUCACCACCACGCACCCCAAGGGCUUCCUGCUCGGCUUCUACUCCAACAUAUCCGGCGAGUACUUGACGCUCAUGGUCUCUAAUUCAGGUUCCCUUCGUGUUGUUUUCGACUUUGGCUUCGAGCGACAGGAGAUAAUCUUCCAAGGGAAGCAUUUCGGCCUCGGACAGUACCACGACGUCAGAUUGUCGAGGAAGAACAGCGGCGCCACCAUGGUGUUGCAGGCGGACAACUACGAGACGCAAGAGUACCACUUCAACAUCCGCGAGUCGGCGGACGCGCAGUUCAACAACAUCCAGUACAUGUACCUCGGCCGCAACGAGUCCAUGGCCGAGGGCUUCGCGGGCUGCGUCAGCCGCGUCGAGUUCGACGACAUCUACCCGCUCAAGCUGCUCUUCCAGCAGGACCCGCCGCCCAACGUGCGCUCCAUCGGAGGCGUGCUGCACGAGGACUUCUGCGGCGUGGAGCCGGUGACGCACCCGCCGGAGCGCGCGGAGACGCGGCCGCCGCCGCCCGCCGACCUGGGCGCCGACCUCGACCACCACCGCGCCGACGAGGCCAUACUCGGCACGGUAUUGGCCUUCAUCUUCCUGCUGCUGAUCGUCGUGGCUAUCGUGCUUGUACGAGCUCUCUCAAGGCAUAAGGGAGAAUACCUCACUCAGGAGGAGCGAGGCGCAGACGGCGCCGCCGACCCCGACGCGGCGGCGCUGGCGGCCGCCACCGGCGCGCGCGUCACAAAGCGACGCGAGUUCUUCAUA